GUUUCGACCUAAAACCACACUUACCUCAACCUCUGCCUUUUUCGAACCUUCAAAAUGUCAACUCUGACGAACCCAACAAUCACUGGAAUCAAAGUGUACCUCGCAAUCGGCGUCAUACUCAGCAUCAUCGUCGCCUCACAGCUUAUCUCUCACCUCAAGUUAUCCCGCGCUCUCUCUAGAUACCCCCUGGUGAACCCAAAAUGGGGACCAGCAGAGAAAGCAGAGUUCACGACCUCCGCUGCGUCUAUCCUCGCCAAAGGCGUCGAGAUGGCUAAAGGGAAACCCUUCCGACUCAACGAAAAAAGUAGGCCCAGACUAGUCAUUCCGCCGAAAUAUAUGGACGAGAUUAAGAAUGAUAAACGCCUUGAUUUCCAUGACUUUGUGGCCAAGGAGUUCUUUUCUACGUAUCCAGGUUUCGAUGGUUUUAGUGCCGAUCAGACCAUCUUCCAGGAUGCGGUUAGAACCCAACUUACUCAAGCUCUUGCAUUGACGAUUCAACCCAUUGCUGCCGAAACACCCAACACGCUCAAUCUAGUAUAUGGCUCUGCGCCCGACUGGCAAGAAAUAGUGCUCACCCCAGCCCUCUUGAAAUCAAUCUCUCGCCUCUCUGCCCUAAUCUUCCUCGGAGAAUCUUUCAUGAACAAUCCCGAUUGGCAACGGAUCUCAGUUAUGUACACAGUCGACGUAUUCAUGGCCGCCAAAGCUCUCAACAACUGGCCCGCCCCUCUCCGUCCCAUCGUCCAUUGGUUUCUACCGGAAUGUCGAAAGAUAAGAGAAGAAGUGAAAGUAGCGAAGGAUCUGAUACAGCCGGAAGUGGACAAGAGACGAAAAGAGCUUGCCGAGAAUGAAGGGAAGCCGAGAAGGAAGGUGCUGGAUAGUGUAGAUUGGUUUACUGCCAGUGCGAAGGGACGGGAGUUCGGGUAUGCGAAUGCAGAGUUGAGUUUGGCGAUGGCGGCUAUUCAUACAACGUCUAACACUCUGGGCUUUGCUAUGUUCGAUUUGGUGGAGAACCCGGAGUAUUUCGAUCUUCUGAGAGAGGAGAUCAAGAGAGUUUGGGAGGAGGAUGGGAGGUGGGAAAAGAAUACCCUGUACAAGUUGAAGUUGAUGGAUAGUGUGUUGAAGGAGAGUAUGAGAUUGCAUCCGCAUAGUUUGCUCAAAAUGCCUCGCCAAGCGAAAGAAGAAAUCUCGCUCAGCGACGGUAUCACAAUUCCUAAAAGCGCCUUCAUCAGCAUGGGACCUGUUUUGAUGAAAGACCCCACGAUCUUUCCCAACGUGGAUAAGUUCGACGGCCAUCGAUUCUUGAACUUGCGCAACGCUCCAGGAAACGAGAACAAGCACCAAUUCGUCACAACGAGCCCAGAAUGCAAUGUUUUUGGUCACGGACAACAUGCUUGCCCAGGACGCUUCUUCGCUAGCAAUGAGAUAAAACUGCUCUUGGCGCAUAUGGUCAUGUACUAUGAUUGGAAGCUGCCAGAUGGACAAACGAGUGUGCAGCAUACCAAAAAUGGGGUUGGGGAAAGUCCCAACUCAAGGCAGAAAAUUCUGUUCAAGAGUCGCAAGCCCGAGCUAGACGUCAGUUGCGCGAUGAAAGAGGCUUGAGAGGCGACCUGGUUGAGAACUUCUAAUGUUCCAUGAUGUAGGUAAUUUGGAGGUUGUAGAUGUCGCCAAUCACGUGCCAUAGCAGAUAGGUACCUAGGUACCUAGUUAUGGCUGUAGAACAUAAUGGAUUGGGGCCGCCUACCGGAG